AUGCCAUUUAAACCAGACGAGAUGACACCAGCAUCGCUGCCGUAUUUUGAGGAUUCAACCACGGAAACCGAUGUAUGGGUGCCCUACUACAGCCACGCAUGUACGUUUGGGCCAGACCUGUUUUCUAGCAUUAUGAUGAAUAUGGUUCACAAUCCCAACAUCAACUCGACCUGGCUAUUUCGCGCAGAUAUCUUGUUCGACGACGGCAACUUGGAUGAACUUACCCCCGCAAAUAGCUCUAACGAUGCGUCUGACUUAGUUCAGCCCGUCGUUCGGCAAAUCCCACACAUACCGCUGAAACGCACUUUGGUACGGCGAUUGAUCCCCAGGAGUGAAAGGAGAGACAAACCACUCAACCAAACCUGUACAUUCCAUACUGUGAAUGAGCCGGAAAUACUCACCACAUCUCUUGUUAUAUAUGUCCCUCAUGCGUCUGUGGAGGAUCUUCCCUUUUACCACCCCAAGGUCCGCGGAAUUGCACACCUUCACCAAUGGAACCACAAUUCACGUACAGGCACAAUAUCGGUACAUUUUCUGGGGGGCUCACCAGGUGACCUUGUAGAUCCUAAGCUGCGCCGAGUUGCUUUUCAUCUCCUCGAGGUCCUUCACCGACAUGGCGAGGGAUCAGUCCUGGGUUACGCCAAGAGGGUUCAUCACGAUCUCGUCAUACCCAGGGCAACAUUUCAAAAUCGAUAUGCGCAAUUGAAGAGCAAAUACUCGCGCCGACUGAUCCAAGCCUGGGCUGAGAGCACUGAUCCUGGUAAACACGUGUUUGAAGACCUCGGCAUCGCUGCCUUCCUGAUAGAGCUAUGGAUUGACAUGUACAGUGGCAAAGAGUUCCCUGGUUUCGUUGAUAUUGGGUGUGGAAACGGUCUGCUCGUCUAUCUACUUACGCAAGAGGGUUAUAGCGGAUGGGGUUUUGAUGCACGAGCACGAAAAUCAUGGGCCAACUACACUACUCCAACAAGUGCGUCGCCGUCUGGAAGAUCUCUUGAAGAAAGGCUUUUAUUCCCCAGCAUAAUAUCAGCUCCUAAAGACACGGACAACCUCUCUCACCUACACUCCACCACGCUUCACGAUGGAGUUUUCAAACCAGGUACAUUCAUCGUUUCGAAUCACGCCGACGAACUGACACCCUGGACACCUAUCCUCGGCACAAUUUCGCACUGUCCCUACAUCAUGAUUCCCUGCUGCAGUCACAGUCUGGCUGGGGAGAAAUACCGGCCGCCCCCACCGAGGGACAAGUCGAAGCCAAAGUCAACAUAUGCCUCACUGGUUGACUGGGUAUCCCAGAUUGCAGAAGAUUGCGGGUGGCAACCAGAAACUGAGAUGUUACGCAUUCCAAGCACAAGGAACACCGGAAUCCUGGGCCGCAGCCGAAGCAAGGCAUCUUCUGACAUAGAUAUACACGCCAUCCUUCAAAAGUACGGCGGUGUUGAGGGAUACUAUGAAAAUGUGAUGAAAUUGGUCAAAACAGGACCACCCUCACAUUGA